AAGACUACGAUGCCCUCUCUCAAGGAAACUGAAAAGCACUCGACCAGGUCAUCGUGCUGGAUCAUUAUUUCCGGAAAUGCAUAUGACGUAACUGAUUUUCUUGAUCACCACCCAGGGGGUGCCAAUGUUAUCCUCAGACUCGCAGGCAAA